ACAUCAGUGUUGGUUUUGAUCACUUCAAUUAACAAAACUUUAUUCAACAUAUUCAGUCCACUGCACAAAUGUUAUUAAACCGUGUACAUCCGUGCGUAAAAUGGUUCGUUCCAGCCGCAGCCCUGUGGUCUAUAAGCGUCUGCAAAGCUCUUUAAGUCCCUCAGUUUUAUCUCUGACUCACGGUAAAGAUGAGCUACGGAGACCGCUACACCUCGUCCUCCUACCGGAAGAUUUUCGGGGAUUCUCCCAGGUUUCCCGUCUCCUCCUCUCGCAUGGGCAGCGCCUCGUCUCGUGGCUCCUCAGGCUACAGGUCCAUGGCUAUGUCCCGCAACAGCGCGACGUCCGUGGGCCUGUACCGACGGGUCGGUCGCACCUCCACCUUCUCUUCGAUGUCGACUGAUUCCCUCGAUCUGACCCAGACGUCUGUGGUCAACAAUGAAUUAAAAGUCAUUAGAACCAACGAGAAAGAGCAACUGCAGGGUCUGAAUGAUCGCUUUGCCAUGUUCAUCGAUAAAGUCCGGCACCUGGAGCAGCAGAAUAAAGUGCUGGAGACGGAGCUGGUGACACUGCGGCAGAAGCAGAACGAGCCAUCCCGCCUCGCUCACAUCUACCAGCAGGAGAUGAGGGAGCUGCGGUCACAGCUGGAGGACCUGAGCAGGGACAAGAACCGCAUCCUGAUCGAGAGGAACAACAUGGAGGAUGAACUGCAGAAACUCAGUGUAAAGUAUGAUGAGGAGGUGAGGGCGCGUGAGGAAGCAGAGCAGACCUUGAGGUCCUUCAGGAAGGACGUGGACGAUGCCGCAGCUGUCCGCCUGGACCUGGAGCGCCGUGUUGAUUCGCUGAUGGACGAAAUCUCCUUCCUGAAGAAAGUCCAUGACGAGGAAAUCCAGGAGAUGAGAGGCAUGAUGGAGGAGCAGCAGGUCUGUGUGGAGCUUGAGCUCGCCAAACCCGACCUCACCUCAGCCCUGAAGGAGAUCCGCAACCAAUACGAGUCCAUCGCUUCCAAGAAUCUGCAGUCGGCCGAGGAGUGGUACAAGAACAAGUUUGCCAGCCUCAGCGAGCAGGCCACCAGAAGCAACGAGGCCAUGCGGGCCAGCAGAGAGGAGAUCAAUGAGUUCAGGAGGCAGCUGCAGUCCAAGACCAUCGAGAUAGAGACCCUGAGGGGCGCCAACGAGUCUCUGGAGAGGCAGAUCACAGAGAUGGAGGAUGCACACAACACUGAGGCCACAGCAAUGCAGGACACUAUUGGCCACCUGGAUACUGAGCUGAGGAACCUGAAGAGUGAGAUGGCGCAGCACCUGAGAGAGUACCAGGACCUGCUCAAUGUCAAGAUGGCCCUGGACAUAGAGAUAGCUGCUUACAGGAAACUGUUGGAGGGGGAGGAGACUCACUUUAACUCAGACAUGUCGUUCAGUGCGGCCAGCUACAGCUACCAGCCACGAGCCUCAGGCGGCUCCUCCAGGAGCAGCCAGCGGGAGAAAGGUGGAGCCACGAAGGAAAGCUUCAAGGAAGAGGAGAAGGAUGAAGCAGACAUCAACUCCAACAACUGAAGACAGAGACACAAACAGGGAGAAGAGAUGUGUUGUAUAUGUGUAGGGAGUUCAUAGUUACAUACUGCAUCUGUACAGAAUAAGAUCCACAGCAUCAACAUGAUGGUAGAUUUUCACUGUUAUGUAUUUUUGAAGGGCAUCAUUAAUAAAAUUGUUUUGGGGAUGAUGCUGAAAUAUUUUAUAGUCAUAAUAUAUAUAUUUAUUGUAUUUGACUAUUUUCGUCUCAAAAUACAUGUAAAAUAAUGUUAUUUAGUAUUUUCCCUGUUGCAAAAGUCUGAAACAGCAUUAAAACAAUGUUUGGACUCUAAAACGCUCAGACUCAUUUACUGUAUUUGCAAAGAAAGGAACAAUUUUACUAAAAUAUGAACCAUCAACAUAAAUGAACCCCUUUACAUCCACCCUUUUUAUAUAAUUUUCGCCUAUUUGGCG